AUUACGUUGGCACUAGAACAAGKCAAUUUUAGCCAUUAAAAAUACAGGCACGGUUAAUUGUACAAUAAUAGCYCAAUUCGAGUUGUGAUAAAUGUAAAUAAAUAGUAAAAAAAUUAAAUAAAUAGUCAAAUUUGCAAAAUUUGAUUAAAUUCGGUGAAUUUGAAGUGGGUUGGUGGCCUUGUCCUGGCAAUUUUGACAGUUGACACUACGAAAUUGUUUAACAACAAAAACGUGUUUUGGGUGUUUUUUGACUUAAGUGAGUGUUGUUUAUGGGAUUUUUGAUGAUUUGGUGUGAUAAUGGCGUCGGAGGACCAGAAGCCGGUCAUCGACGCCCCUGUGAAGUCUUCAAUGGAGAUUCUCUCCGAACUGUUUGAAAGUUUCGACGCUGAGCCCCCUCUAAUAAUAAAAAAGGAGAAAUCUGACUCGCCUCCUAGUAAAAAAAGCAAAAAAAGUAAAAAGAAACACAAACACAAAGACAAGAAACACAAAAAGAAAGAUAAGAAGAAGAAACACGAAAGUUCCUCCAGUGACAAGUCUGAGAUUGAUUUGGCCGAAAUUUUGAUCAAACAAGAGAAAGAAUCCUCGGAGCAAAAAAUUCGCAUUGAAGGGACCGACUUGAGUCUCAAUCUUGCCAUAAAACAGGAGAAAGUCGACACCAAGAAAGAAAGUGAGAAGAAAGCGAAGAAACUGGAAGAAGGGGAAGUCCAYAGCGACUCAAACGACGAGAAGAAAUCGAAGAAACGUAAACAUAAAAGCGAUCACCACGAUAAGGACCGAAAAAAGAAGAAGGAAGAAAUUAGAUCGAAAUUGAGCGAGGAAAAAGAGCUUCAAUUGAAAAUCGACGACUUGAGGAACAAAAUCAAAGGCAGUCAUGAGAAUCGUAGGCGGAGUCGUAGUCGCAGUCGCAGUCGCGAUAGGCGUGUCCGAAGCCGCGAGAGACGAAACGGUCGCGACAACCCAUUCUACAAAGACGACGAUUUUUGGGGGCGUGACCGCUACAGACGGGACCGCCCACGACGCGAUCGCUCCUCCUCYCGUGACUCCUCCCAUAUCGACAAAAAGAAACUGCUAGAAAUCGCCCGGAAGAAUGCCAUUCAAAUGAUGAAGUCCGGGAGCUUACCCGGAGCCCUUACUCUCGGCCCCCAGGCACAAGAAAAAGUGAUCGCCGCGAUCAAAGCCGGCGGGAAAACAAUCGAAGAACUUACAGAUUUCUGUAAAACUUUAUCGAAACAGGAGGCUUUGGGGGAGUUGUCGAGUAAUUCGGAGGGAGGAGGGAGUGAUAGUGAUAAUGAUAAGCCGUUUCAUCAUCCGUUUCAGAURAAAGAUCGGCCUACUUCCAUUACGAUGAAUAUUAAAAAUUCGGUUCCGUUGCCGAUCAAGUCGACACAGGAACGGACAAGUGAGUUGAGAUUACAAUUUCCUGUAAGUAGUGGACAAUUGCACCGGAAAACGGAAAGUGAGUGGGUUCCUGUGUCGCCAAAAAAACCGGAAGUGGUACCUAAGCCGGUUGAGGCUCCGCCUAAAGAACCCAAAGAGGUUCCAGGACCCCAAAUAUUCCCCCUACCAAAUUCAGACCCCACGGCUGUGGAUAUUGGUUCAAUUGUUUCGCAACGGCUCACCGCGAUUCGUAAAUUACAAGAGAACCCAAACGACGUCCAAGCUUUAACUCAGAUGUACAAGUCGAAUAAAGAGAUGCAAUCGUGGGCUCAAAGUAAGCAACAACCGGGUCAAUUCACGGGUAGUACAGGUGCCCAAGUUUUGUCCCAAGCGGAAUUAUCAUCAGGUUACCAAGCGUGGGCUAAAAAGGAUCAACUGACGACGGCCACGCCCGUUUCGGGAGGGAUGGGAAUGCACCUCCUCCAGAAAAUGGGCUGGAAYCCGGGCGAAGGUUUAGGGAAGGAGAAAACAGGGGCUUUGGAGCCCCUCCUCCUGGAGGUUAAGCUAGACAAGAAGGGGCUAGUAGCCAAUGAAGAGCAGAAGAAGAAGAAGAAACAAGGACAAGCCCAGUGGAAUACUUACACGCUACAAAAUAAACACCCUGUAUCACUUUUGGGGGAAUACGCGUCUAAGAAGAAACUGGGGGCGCCACAGUAUGAUUUGUGUUUCGAGUGUGGACCUGACCAUAAGAAAAAUUUCCUAUUUAAGGUGACGUUAAAUGGGGUUGAGUAUAAGCCAAAUGUCGCCAGUCCCAAUAAAAAGGAGGCCAAGGCGGCGGCUGCAUCGAUCUGUUUGCAACACUUGGGUUUAAUACAAUAAAAAGUGGGCGUGUCAAUGGGAGGCGUGGCCAAAUGAAACGUCCCCUUAAAAAAUAAAUUUAUAUUUCAAAUUAAGUCAUUACAUACACUUACACUUUUAACACCAACUUAAAUUAAAUGAAAUAAACAACAAAUGAAAAUGCUAUCAAUAAAUAUAAAAUGUAAAAGCAAAAAAUGGAUUAUUCUAACGGAAUAUCGAUUUCUGAGAAAUCCUGUUUAAGUUUGGCGAGCUGAAACACAAUAAUUACACCCCUAAAUCGAUGAUCAGUGCRA